AUGUACUUUGACCCAGGACAGGCCCUCAGUACCAUCAUGGACUGCAGCGGCGAGACACUGAAAGAGUUUACGGUGCACACCAUAACGCAAAUAGAAGCAAUAGAGAGUACCCUCACCGAUAUGAAGGGCUUCAAGCGCCUUCAAUACCUCAAGAUUGAUGCCGGCAUGCUCAUGGGGACAGAGUUCCGCAGAGAUGUUAUCAAAGAGGAGUUCCCCCUCCAACCGCUCAGCGUGCCGCUUGACAAGAUAGCUGCACCACGGCUAGUGAACAUACUUCCUCCAUCGAUCAAAUUGGUCCGGAUUCUGGCGCAGCCCUGGGACUGUGACGAAUCAGAUCCUAGGUCCUUGGACCUGGUUGGGUUCUCUUUGGUCGUCAGUGCUAAGACACCGUCAGAGACUGCUUGUUGUCACUCAGGCCAAACAAAGUGGCCCGAUCUCGUUCUUAUUUGCACCGAGGGACGUUGGUCAGUUUCCUCGGUGCACCAUUGUACGAAUGCAAGUUUCGUGCCCAGCUCUGUCUCUAUCAAGCUCAAUGAUGGAGCUUUACCCUCAUCUUAUUCUACUCGAAUCGUGAAAAAAGGCUCUCCAUGGUCUGUUGGUUUAGCUGCUGUGCAAGACAACAAGAGUCUAAUCUUUACUCAAGCCGUUCUCAGAAUGACCACACUACGCCAUGUAGUCGGCUUUUUUGCCAUGCUCCUCGCUAGUUGCCAACCCAUCCGAGCCUCAAACUACACACGAUCCCCGGAUAACUUCCUCCACCCACCAUCCCGAGAGCGUCCAAAGUUCAGGUACUGGCUCCCAGACGCCAGUGUAGACGCCGGGACUGUGGAAGCAGACAUAAAGGCAGCUGGUGAUAUUGGAGCUGGGGGUGUGGAAUUCUUGCCGUUCUACAACUAUGGAGGAGAACUUGGGCCCGCUCCAAUCGGGGUAAAUUGGUCUACCUACGGCUUUGGUACACCCGCUCACCUCAGUCUCUUCACAUCGGCUUUGAAAGCCCAUAAGCAUGCGGGCUUGGUCAUGGACUUUUCACUUGGGCCAAAUCAGGGACAAGGCAUUCCGGCUCAUCCUGAAGAUGAGGGAUUGCAGUGGGACUUGAACCAGCUGAGUCCAUAUUACUGAACUCCCUACAAACGACAAAGAAAGACGGAAACCAAAUUCGACUUCUACUGUAGUAUUGAUCAGAGGAUUGGGGAAUUUUCGAUAUUUG